AUGCUUGAGGAGCAGGUGGAAAAAAAAAGAAAAAAAAACGAGGAGCUGAACAAGAUUAUUGCGCAACAAGCAGCGGAGCUCACUGAAUCUAAGAAUCUCAUUGCUGACAAGAAUGCAGAGAUCCAAAAUCUGAUCAAGAAUAGCGCCAAGGAGGACCAAACCGAAUCUAAAAUUAUCUCCCAAGCUGCCGAAAUUCAAAAACUGGAAACCUGGAUCACGAACCUGACCACUAUGUCUCAUGUGCAAUCAGAUCCUGUCAGAUUCCUCACGAUUGAGAAGGAGUUGGCACGAGUUUCUUCGGAACUGAAGGCUUUCGAGGAGGCGGAGCUUAAAAAAGAGAAUGAGAGGUUGAAGGAUCAAAAGGAGCUGUUGGAGGCGAUGCUCCAGUCUAAGAAGAAACUGGAGGAGCAAGUGGAAGAGGCUAACAAAAAGAUCGAGGAGCUGAGUUUGCUUCUGAAGGAAAAGAACGAUAAAAUUGAGGCUAUAACCCAAAAAAUCCAAGAGCAAUCUGCUAACCUCAAAGAAGCCCGUCACCUUAUGAGCUGCUCCCUGAGUUUAAUUGACAUUCAGAAGGAUAAAAUCGAAGCUCAGCAGGAGGAAAUCGCAAAACUGCUGAAAGGUUCUGAAACUGUUCAAUAG